CUUACUCUCAUUGACUGCUACGAAAAAUAUCUUCAACUAUAUUCUUCUCAUCUCUUUCGGGUGCCGGAGCUUUUUGCGUCAUCGCGCGCGAAGUAUUUUUCCGGAUUUGACUCUUCUUCCGUUUGAACAUUCCAGAUUCUCGUCUUCAUUGGAACUUUGGUGCAUCGGUUCUGUUUCUCAGCUACUUGCAAUGGUGCUCGAUAGCUCUGUUGCUCUCUCACCUCGCCGGAGGCAUGGGCUAUUGCGGGAUCAGGUUCAGCUGAUUAAAAGAAAGGACUCUGGAAGAUAUGAGAUUGUUCCCAUUGAGGAUCCAUUGUCUUUUGAAAAGGGUUUCUACGCUGUUAUUCGAGCUUGCCAACUAUUGGCUCAGAAGAACGAUGGGCUCAUUUUGGUUGGGUUAGCUGGUCCUUCUGGAGCUGGGAAAACAAUCUUCACAGAGAAAAUCCUCAACUUCAUGCCUAGCAUUGCUAUCAUAAACAUGGACAACUACAAUGAUGGUACUCGUGUGAUCGAUGGAAACUUUGAUGACCCACGGUUGACCGACUAUGAUACACUUCUUGACAAUAUACAUGGCCUAAAGGAGGGAAAAUCUGUUCAGGUUCCAAUAUAUGACUUCAAGUCAAGUUCACGAAUUGGUUACAGAACGCUUGAGGUGCCUAGCUCUCGCAUUGUUAUUCUUGAAGGCAUAUACGCUUUGAGUGAGAAGCUACGGCCUUUGCUUGAUCUUCGUGUCUCUGUCACUGGUGGAGUGCACUUCGAUCUUGUCAAGCGUGUUUUGCGGGACAUUCAACGUGCUGGCCAGGAACCUGAAGAAAUAAUUCAUCAGAUAUCUGAGACGGUUUAUCCUAUGUACAAGGCAUUUAUUGAACCUGAUCUGAAGACAGCUCAGAUUAAGAUCCAAAACAAGUUUAACCCCUUCAGUGGCUUUCAGAAUCCAACAUAUAUUUUAAAGUCAACGAAGGCUGUAACACCAGAACAAAUGAAGGCUGCUAUGUCUGAAGAUUUCAAGGAACGUACAGAGGAAACUUAUGACAUCUAUCUGCUACCACCAGGCGAGGAUCCUGAAGCAUGCCAAUCAUACCUCCGAAUGAGGAACCGGGAUGGAAAAUACAAUCUCAUGUUUGAGGAGUGGGUUACAGAUCGUCCAUUUAUUAUAUCACCCAGAAUAACUUUUGAAGUCAGUGUUCGCCUUCUCGGAGGAUUAAUGGCUCUGGGUUACACCAUUGCAACAAUCUUAAAAAGAAAAAGUCAUAUCUUUGAUGAUGACAAGGUUAUUGUGAAGACUGAUUGGUUGGAACAACUGAACCGGACAUAUGUCCAGGUACAAGGUAAAGACCGUUCCUUCGUCAAAAAUGUGGCAGAUCAACUUGGAUUGGAAGGUUCAUAUGUUCCACAUACAUAUAUUGAACAGAUACAGCUGGAGAGGCUUGUGAAUGAUGUUAUGGCUUUGCCAGAUGACUUGAAGACAAAACUUAGCUUAGAUGAUGAUACAGUUUCUAGCCCUAAGGAAGCCCUCUCAAGAGCUUCUGCUGAUAGUAGAAUGAAAUAUCUUCACGGGGAGUCAUCUGACUUGUGUAAUGAUGCACAUGUUAACAGCGGCGUAUCAAAGUCUUACUCAAACCAAAGACACAAAGUCUUGCCUAACUUGACAAGACUUGCUGUUAACAAUAGAAUGUUAGAUGCCAUAGCCCCUGCUUCACCUGCCACUCUUCCAAAUCAGGGUGUUAUCACUCAGCUCUCGGACCAAAUAUCAACACUGAACGAGAGGAUGGAUGAAUUCACAUCCCGCAUUGAAGAGUUGAAUUCCAAGAUCCCGAACAGGAUAGCUGCUUCAGGUAGUCAACAUAACUUGGCUUUACCAAUGGAAAACGGAAACGGGUCCCUCUUAUCGCUGUCCUCAUCCUCAUCUCAGCUCGUAAGGGAAUCUCCUCUGAUGGAAGAGGUUAUACUCGUUGCUCGUGGACAACGUCAGAUAAUGCAUCAAAUGGACACACUGAGCAAUCUUCUUCGGGAGUAUGUUGGAGAAAGGUCUCGCAUAGAGAGACUAGACAGCAACAGAACAAACAGCACAACACAAAACCUCGAAUCCUCUACUGUACCUGUCCUUGUUGCUUUGGCCAUUGGCUGUCUCGGCAUUUUUGCCUACAGUCGUCUGAAAUAGUUUCUGUAACAAUUCGUUACUUCACUAGACAAAUAGUGGGAAUGAUGUAAAUAAUAGGGUUUGUGAUACACGCUUGACAAUUCAGUCUCGACAAUGUAACAUGAGCCAAGAAUAAGAGGCUGAUUCGUUUUUACAUUACCAUCUGAGAAAACUCAAAUACUUUUU